UUUUUACAUUGUUUUCUGCGCAAACUUCAAAGUAAAUCGGAGGGACUGUUGUCUAGGCAAGUCCCUAAACAUCUAACAAUUUAAAUUCCUACAAUAUCGAAGGUCGUCAGUCUUAUCUUUGUAUAUGAUGAAUCCUAUAACUGGAACGGAAAAUGAUCAAUACAGUUUUAUUAAUCAAGUAUUGGGAGAAAUGAAAACUGAAUUCAAUAAACCAGAUGAACAAAAUGAAAAAAUUAAAAUUAAUAAAGAUCUGAAAGAAUUAAAAACGGAGAAAACAGUUGAAUCCAUUACUGUGGAAAAAAAUGAGAUUUCACCAGGAAGACGUUCGAAUAGACAAAAAAUCGUAUACGAGGAGAAACAAGAUGAAAGUACAAAAAGAUCGUCGAGGAGAAAAAAUAGCAAAAAAUCAGUUUUACAAAAUGCUAUAGCAAGAAAAGUGAAAUCAUACAACGAACCUUGUAGACCACAACGUUUAACACGACAAUUAAAACCGACGAUGAAAGUUCUAGAGAAUAUAGCACAAGCUAAGGAUAUGAAAAAAAUUAAAAUUAAAGUGAUACAUGGUGAUGUGAAUGACGAAAUUUUGAAAAAAAGUAAAAAAACGAAAAAUAGUGAUGAAAUGGUAGCGUUAUCACAGGAUGAAACGAUAAAUAAAACAUCUACAAGUCAGCAAUCAGCUUCUUGUGAUUCUAAAAUUAACAUCACUUGUGAAGAAGAAGAAAUCUCUAAGAUAUGUUCUUCCGAGAUAAGUGAAAAUGCCGAAUUAAAUUCCAGACUUUGUUUAUGUGCACAAAAAACAAACAUAUACCCAUCUAAUGAUAGUGAAGAUGUCGUUUACUGUUCAGCCGUCGAAAGUAUCGACGAAAGGCUGGUAGGUUGUUCAAAAGAAGUAAAUGUACCGAUUUCCCCGUUAUUGCGACCUUCCAGGAGCGUACCCUACAUGAGAUUAUGUAAUUUGCACAAAAAUAGGAUGAUAAGGCACAAUUGUUGUCCGACGUGCGGAAUUUUUUGCACACAAGGCAAUUUCUUGCAGUGCGAGGCUAAACAUCAAUUCCAUAAAAAGUGUCGCUUGUUCAUUGGUAAUAGAGAGUAUUGUCCGCAUUGCGGAAUAUCGACUCCUUGUAAAGAUAUUUCACUUAAAUUUCAAUGUUCGAAUCAUCCCGUAUUCCUACCUUAUCAAAAAUCUGUACGCCGAACCGCUAAAAUAUCAUUUUCGAAAAUCAAAGAUCAAAUUCGUUGUUCCACUCCACUUCUGAUUUCUCUAGAAUCCGUCCAACCCUUUGAAAAUACUCUUACCAAUGGAACAAUAUACAGCGAAGGGGACGUUAUCGGAGCUAUCACCGAUGAUGACGUAGAGACACUUACUUCCAUUAUAACUUCAAGUUCGUUGGAUUUGAAUAUGAAAUUAAUCGAAUUCAACGAAGGAUCUUUGUUACAUUACGCAGCUUAUAAAGGAUAUCUUGAAAUAUGUCAUUUAUUAAUAUCCCUCAGGGUUCCUAUAAAUGACUUAGAUAAAGAACAAAAUACGCCUUUAAUGUUGGCAAUCACUACGCACAAAAUUGACGUCGUACAAUAUUUGGUUAGAGCCGGAUCUGACAUAACUUUAAAGGGUACAGAUGGUAUGACUGCUUUGCACGUAUCAUCUAAAUGUGGUAAUUUGCAAGCUUGUAAAAUCCUUCUAGAAACCGGGGCUUCCAUUAAAAAUUACAUAAAUUCACAAGACGACGGUGGGUGGACACCGCUCGUUUGGGCUUGCGAAAAUGGUUUUUCUGAAAUAACAGAUUUUUUAAUAAGCGAAGGAGCGGAUCCAAAGUUAAGAGACGUUGAAUAUAACGAAGCUCUUCAUUGGGCCGCAUUCAGUGGGUGCUCUCAUAUAGUGGAGUUAUUACUAAAUAGGGGAUGUGAUGUUAAUACCCUCAACGCACAUGGAGAAUCUCCCUUACAUAUAGCUGCGAGGGAAGACAGAUACAAUUGCGUGGUUGUAUUAAUAGCACGUGGAGCUGACGUGUUUUCGAUUAAUAAAAAUAAUGAAUCGCCUUUGAAUUGCGUACCCGAUGAUGGGACAUGUUACGGUCCGAUUGCUUUGAACAUUCAAUUGCAAUCAUUGGUCAAAAGGAGUUUGGGGCAAUAUCAAACCAUCGUAUCGGAUGACAUAUCGAAAGGUAGGGAAUCAAAUCCUGUACAAUGCGUGAACACCGUCGACGAUAAUCAAGUACCAAGGGAUUAUGUUUAUAUAACAAAAUCGAUAAUUUCAUCCGAAGGUGUCGAUUUGCAAACCAGACCGUCAACUUUGCAACGUUGUAAAUGCAAAGAGAGGUGUACAGAAGAAGACUGUUUUUGUAACAAUCUAUCGGAAAAAUGUUGGUACGACGAAAACGGAAAAGUGUGUAUAGACGAAAGUUUUUCCGAUAUACCUGUGAUUUUUGAGUGUUCGGAUAUCUGUUCUUGUAACGCUAUAACUUGCCGUAACAGAGUCGUGCAAAAAGGCGCCCAACAGAGAUUCCAACUUUAUAAGACUGAUUCAAAAGGCUGGGGCAUAAGGACCCUCAAAUUUAUAUAUAAAGGCGAUUUCGUGUGCGAAUACGUAGGAGAGAUAUUGACUGAUACAGACGCCGAUGCUAGAAAGGAUGAUAGUUUCUUAUUCGAUUUGGGAAACAAGGAUACGGAUAAUUUUUGCGUCGAUGCCAGAUUCUACGGUAACUUGACUAGAUUCAUAAAUCACAGUUGUAGCCCUAAUCUGCGUCCCAUCAAAGUGUUCGUGGAUCACCAGGAUGUGCGGUUCCCUAGGAUAGCUUUUUUCGCUUUGAGGGAUAUACCCAUCGGAGAAGAACUGAGUUUUGAUUACGGAAAGAAGUUCUGGUUAGCUAAAUACAAAUCGUUCACUUGCAAGUGUGGAUAUCCCGAAUGCAAGUAUUCGGAUGGAGCUGAUUUGAUGGAUGACAAUAGUUCGUGUUGUUGAUGGUAUUCCGGGGGGUGUUUUUGAUAAAAGAAAAGUUCGGUUUAAAUAUAUCCAAAGUGUAUGGUGGAAUUUCGAUACGGAAAAUGUGUUCCUUAGUUGUUUAAGGUUAUAAUUUAUUUAUUUAUUUUUGUAGAGUAAUAGAUUUAGUGGCGAGUGGCGACUGAAAAUUUACAAAAAGGGUAAAUCAAAUUUUUUCAAUCUAAAAAACUUUGGAUCCUCAAGAUUCCAAUAAACCUUCCUCCUGUACCUUUAUUAGGUGAAUUCCAUUUUAUUUUUUUCCUUUAUCACGUUUUUCCUUCCCUGUCAAAUUUUUAUCGUUCCUUUCGGACAUUUUUUUGUUGUUAUCGAGUUCCUUGGACUCCUUGAUCUUCCCCAUCUGUUCUAGCUUCCAAUAUUCCUACAUUUCUUGACAUGUACUUGUCAGGUCUGGGUUCCAUGUGCUCCUUGGUCUUCCCCAUUUGUUCUAGCUUCUCAAAUUGUAUAAUUCAGUCUUCUAUUCGAAAGAUUUCUGUUGUUUUAGCGUUCCUUGGACUCCACAUCUGUUCUAGCUUCCUCUAUUACAAAGUUUUCCAUUCCGCUUGAAAUAUGUUUGUUGUAUCUUGCUCCCAUGAGCUUCUUGGUCUUUCCUUUCUACUCUAGCUUCCUAAAUUGUACCAUUUAUCCUUCUAUCCGAAAGUUUUCUGUUGUUUUAGAGUUCCUUGGACUCCACAUCUGCUCUAGCUUCCUCUGUGACCAUGUUUUCCAUUCCUCUUGAAAUAUGUUUGUUGUAUGUUGCUCCAAUGAGCUUCUUGGUCUUCCCCAUUUGUUCUAGCUUCUCAAAUUGUAUAAUUCAGUCUUCUAUUCGAAAGAUUUCUGUUGUUUUAGCGUUCCUUGGACUCCACAUCUGCUCUAGCUUCCCAAAUAGCCACUUUUAUCGUUCCUCGUGAUAUAUGUUUGUUAUAUUUUGAUUUCAUGAGUUUCUUAUUCGUUCCAUUGUUGUUUUAUCGCCCUGAAUUGUAUUAAUUAUCCUUUGUGUUGAAAAUAUUCUUGUUGUUUUCAAAUUCCUUGAACUCAUUGGUCUUCUACUUAACAAUUUUGUUGUUUUUGAACUACUCGGUGUUAAUUUUCUGUUAUACCUUCUCAUAUAGUCACAUUUUUCCUUUCCUUUGUUGUAUUUGUAUUCCUUUUAUUCCUUCUCAGUUUCUCUGUAUAGCCUUGUUCUUCUUUAUUUUUCAACUUUUUCAUUUUAUCUUUGGUCCUAGCUCAGUCUAAUUUGUUUUAGCACCCUAUAUCACUUUGUUUUUAUAUAUUUUCAACGUUUCUUAGUUCUUUGACCUUUUUAGCUUUCUUUUUCUAUUCUACCUUUUCGUAUUGCCAUGUUUUCCCCUUUUCAAAGUCUUUUUGGUUCAUUUGAACUACUCGGUCUUCGUUUUCUGUUUUAGCUUUCCAUUUUACCAUAUUUCUACAUCUGUCGGAAGUCUUUUUGAUUCAUUUGAACUACUCGGUCUUCGAUUUUUGUUCUAGCUUUCCAUUUUACAAUAUUUCUACAUCUGUCGGAAGUCUUUUUGUUUCAUUUGAACUACUCGGUCUUCGAUUUUUGUUCUAGCUUUCCAUUUUACAAUAUUUCUACUUCUUUCGAAGUCUUUUUGGUUCAUUUGAACUACUCGGUCUUCGUUUUCUGUUUUAGCUUUCCAUUUUACCAUAUUUCUACAUCUGUCGGAAGUCUUUUUGGUUCAUUUGAACUACUCGGUCUUCGUUUAAUGUUAUACCUUCUCAUAUAGUCCUUCCUUUUUGUUAUAUUUUGAUUUCUUUUUAAAUAUUUUCCUUUUAUCUUUGUUUUUCGGUCUAUCUCAACUAUUCUGGCUUCUUUUAAUGUCUUGUUUUUAAUAUUUUUAUAGUAUCUUAAUUUUUUGAUCAUUUUAGACGGCUCUUUCUGUUCUAUCUAUUCGUAUUACUUAUUUUUUUGGUUCUUUUUGAACUCUUCGGUCCUUUCCUUUAUAUUACCUCGUUCUUCCUUAAUUUUGCAAUAUUUUUUCGAUUCAUUAGUUCUUACUCUUGUUCGUAACGAUACCACAAUUUCUAAAAAAAAUCAAA